GGACAGCGAUUGCACCUGAGCUCCAGCCACCAGGAAAUGGCGAGCAUCCUACAACGGUUAGCGACUCAACCAUGUCAGACCUAUCGGUUCAAUCUGACUUCACUUUCGAGGGCCUUCUCUGCAUCCUCGGACUCACUUGUGGAGAUCCAGCGUGGAGAGGUCGGGAUGGUUUCUGGUAUACCCCAAGAACACCUUCGUAGGAGGGUAGUUAUUUUCUCACCUGCUCGGACUGCUACUCAACAAGGAUCAGGAAAAGUUGGAAGAUGGAAAAUCAACUUUUUAUCUACUCAAAAAUGGGAAAAUCCAUUGAUGGGCUGGACUUCCACUGGGGACCCAUAUGCCAAUGUUGGUGAUGCUGCAUUGAACUUCGAUAGUGAAGAAGCUGCAAAAGCUUUUGCUGCAAGACAUGGAUGGGAUUACACGGUCAAGACACGUCAUACACCACUGUUAAAGGUUAAAUCAUAUGCGGACAAUUUCAAGUGGAAAGGCCCUCCCAAGACAGAGGGAUAAAUUAGUUUCUUCCAUCUUUCUAAAACCAGAGUGGUUGAUAGACGCGCUGCUUAACUCUCUUGCAAUCAUGUUGCUUGACUUGUGGAGUUUUGUGUUUUAUGUUCGCAAAAAACUGUGUCAGCCUGUAUUUCUUGGAAAUUUGGAAUUAUUAAUAAAUCUUACAUACCAAACCUUCGUAUUUGUAUGUGUUACUUUAUGAAUCAAUCUAUUGGAAUUAUCUCUUCACUGCAAAUUAGAAAAUGUAUGGUAGUCAUAAGCUCAUAAUCAACUUAUGUUAUGCUUAUUAGCAGAAUAAGUAUUGUUCGGUAAUUAAGCAAGUAAUUUGAUUGUA